AUGGAAGGAAGAACAAGUGUCGCAAACAAUUCGUCGACUACCUCUGCAGUUAAAGUUCCUACAACUUAUGUCUCACCAUUCUCAAAACCCUUACGACCUCCUAUAAUACCAAAGCAACCUCCUCAUACAAUUCAAGACAAAUUGUCCAACAAUUUGAGUUCUUCUUCUUCUCAAAACACAACAGAAACAUCUGAAACAGUUGUCCAAACAGCACCAGAACAAGUUUCACAUAGUUUUACAAUUCAAGACAAAUUGUCCAACAAUUUGAGUUCUUCUUCUUCUCAAAACACAACAGAAACAUCUGAAACAGAUGUACAACCAAUAGAACAAGAUAUAGUCUCUCAAACUACAAGUAUGUUAACAAGAGCACAAUUUCAAGAUUUAAUUUCUCUUGAACAAUAUUCGAGUAACGAAACACAAAGCGACGACUGUAACCUCUCGCUACCCGAAUCCAUUCAAAGAAAAUACGCCAUGAAAAGACUGAAAUUGUUGUAUAAACUUCUUAACAAUUGGGGGUCGAAGACAACUUAG